CAAAUUUUAUGCUACGUAUGCAACCGAAUGUUUUAGACAGAUCGAAGUGAAGUUGGAUCAUAACAAUAUUUUCUGGUGAUUUUCGCUUCGUCGUGUUGUUGGUAACGCAUGCAUCGAGUUUUGGUGAAACGGCGGUCGCCAUCAUCAUCGUUGUCGCGUAUUUUUCAUAAUCAGUUGUUAAAGUUUAAGUUUUCGAGCGAUCCCAGCGGAAAUAGAGGCGCGAAUUCGAGUGAAAACGUUCGUUGUAUUCAUGGAUUAAACGGAGGGGAUUCCGAGAACGAUGGAAAAUAUACCAAAAACGCACGAAGAUAUUGAAGCGCAGAUCAGAGAUUUGCAAGCGAAGAAGAAAACAGAGGUGCCCGAAGAUGGACCGGAUAAGGGGGUCGGUCUGGGAGAGAGCGGUUAUUUCGAUAGUGAGAUCUAUGAGAGCGGAAAGAGCAAGUACGAGGGGUACGUCACCUCGAUCGCAGCCAACGAUGAGGUGGACGAAGAGGAGGAGGACGUGGGUUUUGCCCAGAAGAAACCGACGUUUGGGGCGCCGGUGGCCCUGCUCAACGAUGUGGCCCUGAGCGACAAAGACUAUGAUCCAUUCGCAGACAGGAGGAGACCCACGAUUGCGGACAGGGAGGAUGAGUAUAGACAGAAGAGGAGACAAAUGAUCAUAUCCCCGGAAAGAGUUGAUCCAUUCGCAGAUGGUGGCAAGACGCCCGAGGUCAAUGCGAGGGGUUACACCCAGAUUAUGAAGGAGCAGCUCCUCAAAGGCGAAGAAAACGAGUUGCGUAAGAAAAUCUCCGAGAAAUCAAAGGACGGAACGUUGAAAACGACCAACGGCGAAGCGAAACCGGCGCCGAAGAAGAGAGGCAGAUGGGAUCAGACCGUCGAGGAUAGUUUCGUUCCUGCCAAGAAGAAAACCCUUACUAUAACCACAAACACAGCCCAAACGCCUACCUGGGGUGAUAAUGAUCGUACACCUGCGGAUCACAGAUGGGACGAGACUCCUGGACACAAGGGGAGCGAAACUCCUGGAGCAACGCCCGGACAAUCGACGCGUAUGUGGGAUGCGACACCAGGUGCGGCGACGCCGGGUCGCGAGACGCCUGCCCACGAUAAGAGCGCCUCCCGCAGAAACAGAUGGGACGAGACUCCGAAAACGGAGAGAGAAACACCGGGACAUUCGAGCGGUUGGGCGGAGACUCCGCGCACGGACCGCACCGGAGCCGACCUGAUCCAGGAGACGCCAACUCCUGGUGCCUCGAAGAGGAGGUCGCGUUGGGACGAAACCCCGUCCGCAACGCCUUCCGUCACCAUGACACCUGGAGCCAUGACGCCGCAAACACCUCACGGCACUCCGGGUCACGCCACUCCGAUGCUAACACCGGGUGGAUCGACGCCCGUCGGAGUUAAGGCGAUGGGGAUGGCCACACCCACUCCAGGUCAUUUGGCCUCGAUGACGCCCGAGCAGUUGCAAGCGUUCAGAUGGGAGCGGGAGAUCGACGAGAGGAAUAGGCCGUACUCUGAUGAAGAGUUGGACGCCAUGUUCCCGCCCGGUUACAAGAUUCUGCAGCCUCCAGCCGGAUACAUACCAAUCAGAACUCCGUCGAGGAAGCUGACAGCCACGCCCACGCCGAUGAUGAACACACCUCAAGGCUUCUUCAUGCAAACCGAAGAUAAGAGCGCCAAGUACAUUGAUAACCAACCGAAAGGGCAGAAUUUGCCGUUCAUGAAACCAGAGGAUGCUCAGUAUUUCGAUAAGCUGCUUGUGGACGUCGACGAGGAGGCUCUCAGUCCCGAGGAGCAGAAAGAGAGGAAGAUCAUGAAACUGUUGUUGAAGAUCAAGAACGGCACUCCGCCGAUGCGGAAAGCCGCUCUGAGACAGAUAACCGAUAAGGCCAGAGAAUUUGGCGCGGGUCCAUUGUUCAAUCAAAUCUUACCGCUGCUGAUGAGUCCCACAUUGGAAGACCAGGAACGACAUUUGCUCGUCAAAGUUAUCGACAGGAUCCUCUACAAAUUGGACGAUUUGGUCAGGCCGUACGUGCACAAGAUAUUGGUCGUAAUCGAACCUCUGCUGAUCGACGAAGAUUAUUACGCGCGUGUCGAAGGUCGCGAGAUCAUUUCGAAUUUAGCGAAAGCCGCCGGUCUGGCCACCAUGAUUUCGACAAUGAGACCGGACAUUGAUAACAUCGAUGAGUACGUGAGGAAUACGACGGCCAGAGCGUUCGCGGUCGUCGCAUCCGCUCUGGGAAUUCCAUCAUUGCUGCCCUUCUUGAAGGCCGUCUGCAGAUCGAAGAAGUCGUGGCAGGCGAGACACACGGGUAUCAAAAUCGUCCAGCAGAUCGCCAUCCUGAUGGGAUGCGCGAUCCUUCCGCAUCUCAAAUCGUUGGUGGAGAUCAUCGAGCACGGUUUGGUGGACGAGCAGCAGAAGGUCAGAACGAUCACCGCUUUGGGUAUAGCCGCGUUGGCCGAAGCAGCAACACCCUACGGUAUAGAGAGCUUCGAUUCUGUGCUGAAACCUCUGUGGAAAGGUAUCAGGACUCACAGGGGAAAAGGUUUAGCCGCCUUCCUGAAAGCCAUCGGUUAUUUGAUACCGCUGAUGGACGCCGAGUACGCCAAUUACUAUACGAGGGAAGUGAUGUUGAUUCUCAUCAGGGAGUUUCAGUCGCCCGACGAGGAGAUGAAGAAGAUCGUGUUGAAGGUGGUGAAGCAGUGCUGCGGCACAGACGGUGUCGAGCCACAGUACAUCAAGGAGGAGAUCUUGCCGCAGUUCUUCAAGCAUUUCUGGAAUCAUCGUAUGGCCUUGGACAGGAGGAAUUACAGGCAGCUGGUGGAUACGACGGUGGAGAUUGCUAACAAGGUGGGAGCGUCGGAGAUCAUCAAUAGGAUCGUGGAUGAUCUGAAAGAUGAGAACGAGCAGUACCGUAAGAUGGUGAUGGAAUCGAUCGAGAAGAUCAUGGGUAAUUUGGGGGCGGCGGACAUCGAUUCGCGACUGGAGGAGCAACUGAUUGACGGAAUAUUGUACGCGUUCCAGGAGCAAACCACCGAAGACGUGGUGAUGUUGAACGGGUUCGGAACUAUCGUGAAUCAACUGGGGAAGAGGGUGAAGCCGUACCUGCCGCAGAUCUGCGGUACGAUCCUGUGGCGAUUGAACAACAAAUCGGCGAAGGUGCGACAGCAGGCGGCGGAUCUGAUCUCGCGCAUCGCCGUCGUCAUGAAGACUUGCCUGGAGGAGAAACUGAUGGGACAUUUGGGCGUCGUGCUCUACGAAUAUUUGGGUGAGGAAUACCCGGAGGUGCUCGGUUCGAUCCUCGGAGCGCUGAAAGCCAUCGUGAACGUCAUAGGCAUGACGAAGAUGACGCCGCCCAUCAAGGAUCUGCUUCCGAGGUUGACACCGAUCCUGAAGAAUCGACACGAGAAGGUGCAGGAGAACUGCAUCGAUCUGGUGGGAAGGAUCGCCGAUCGAGGACCAGAGUACGUGUCUGCUCGAGAAUGGAUGAGGAUCUGCUUCGAGCUGCUCGAGUUGUUGAAGGCACACAAGAAGGCCAUCCGAAGAGCUACGGUGAACACGUUCGGUUACAUCGCGAAGGCGAUCGGACCGCACGACGUCCUCGCCACGUUACUAAACAAUCUGAAGGUGCAGGAGAGGCAGAAUCGCGUGUGCACGACCGUCGCAAUCGCCAUCGUCGCCGAGACCUGCUCACCUUUCACCGUUCUACCUGCCCUGAUGAACGAGUACCGAGUGCCAGAGUUGAACGUGCAGAACGGAGUGCUCAAGUCGCUCUCCUUCCUCUUCGAGUACAUCGGUGAGAUGGGUAAGGAUUACAUUUACGCUGUUGCACCGCUCCUCGAAGAUGCUCUCAUGGACAGGGACCUGGUGCACAGACAGACGGCGUGCGCCGCCAUCAAGCACAUGGCUCUCGGCGUCUACGGCUUUGGCUGCGAGGAUGCUUUGGUCCAUCUGCUCAACUACGUCUGGCCCAACAUUUUCGAAACUUCCCCGCAUCUCGUGCAAGCCUUCAUGGAUGCUAUAGAGGGGAUGCGAGUUGCACUCGGACCCAUCAAAAUCCUCCAGUACACGUUGCAGGGUUUAUUCCAUCCGGCCAGGAAGGUGAGGGACGUCUACUGGAAGAUCUACAACUCUCUUUACAUCGGUGGACAGGACGCCCUCGUCGCCGGUUAUCCUCGCAUCAUGAACGACCCCAAAAACCAGUACAUAAGAUACGAACUAGAUUACGUUUUGUAAUAUCCAAUUAGCAAGUCAAUUCACACCUACGCACCCUUCCUUAAUUACUUACUUACCUACCCACCUACACCUAAACCAACCUUGAUCCACUUGUUAAUAACUUUCAUAUAUUUUUUUUUUUUUUUUUAAUUUCCUUAUUUACAUUUUUUGUUAUUUUUUAAUUUUGUUUUCUUCGCUCCUUACGUUUAGAAAAGAGAAACACUCUAAUAUUUUUCCAUUCUAUUUGUUCGUUUAUAUA